AGCAAUGAAUUUUAAACAUUUGUUUACAGGAGGGAAGAUUCAUUUGAGAACUUCGCAGACUUUCCUUCAGAACAGGACCAUUUAUUUAGGAGAUAAGUUGGUGCACAACAAUGGAGUUCUUAGUGAGGACUUGUUUAAAAUUGUGGUGUAUAUUCAGCUUGAUGUUUUUCUUCAGUCAAGCAGAAUAUUCAAGUUUUAGUGAUCAAAGGACUGAGAUUAUAUGUAUGAUGGAACAGCGAGUACUUAAUUGCUCAUCAGGGGGUCACAUUGCUAUCGACAGCGCUGUCUUUGGGCGAACGGACAUCACAAGCUGUCCAGUUAUUCCACCACCAACCAACCUUACAGGUUGUGAAGUCGAUGUGGCGAUUGUGGUAGCUGGGAGCUGCUCCGCGAUAAAUACUUGCAACAUACCAGACACGUCAACGGGCCAAGAAUAUCAAGUAUCAUCACCUCCUUGCCCCGAUGUCACCAAGUACUUGAAUGUUUCCUAUCAUUGCAUAGAUUUGGAUGAGUGUAGUCUACAAUCGCACGAUUGCGAUGUGCAUGCCACAUGUACCAACACUCCUGGGUCUUUCAAUUGCUCGUGCAACACGGGAUAUACCGGAAAUGGAAAGGAAUGCGAAGAUAUCGACGAAUGUGCAACCAAUAGCAACAGUUGUGAUGUAAAUGCAUACUGCACCAACAACGUAGGAUCUUUCACCUGCGCUUGCAAAUCUGGAUUCACGGGCACCGGAAGAAUCUGCGAAGAUAUCAACGAAUGUGCAACCAAUAGCAACAGUUGUGAUGUAAAUGCAUACUGCACCAACAACGUAGGAUCUUUCACCUGCGCUUGCAAAUCUGGAUUCACGGGCACCGGAAGAAUCUGCGAAGAUAUCAACGAAUGUGCAACCAAUAGCAACAGUUGUGAUAUAUUCCUCUUAUCACGGCCCAACGUAGGCUGGGUUGAUAGGAGCAGGGGUCGGGGUAGUGCCUGUCUGGACGUCGUACAAGAUACCCGGCCUUCUUCCGUUCGGAAUAUCAACGAAUGUGCAACCAAUAGCAACAGUUGUGAUGUAAAUGCAUACUGCACCAACAACGUAGGAUCUUUCACCUGCGCUUGCAAAUCUGGAUUCACGGGCACCGGAAGAAUCUGCGAAGAUAUCAACGAAUGUGCAACCAAUAGCAACAGUUGUGAUGUAAAUGCAUACUGCACCAACAACGUAGGAUCUUUCACCUGCGCUUGCAAAUCUGGAUUCACGGGCACCGGAAGAAUCUGCGAAGAUAUCGACGAAUGUGCAACCAAUAGCAACAGUUGUGAUGUAAAUGCAUACUGCACCAACAACGUAGGAUCUUUCACCUGCGCUUGCAAAUCUGGAUUCACGGGCACCGGAAGAAUCUGCGAAGAUAUCGACGAAUGUGCAACCAAUAGCAACAGUUGUGAUGUAAAUGCAUACUGCACCAACAACGUAGGAUCUUUCACCUGCGCUUGCAAAUCUGGAUUCACGGGCACCGGAAGAAUCUGCGAAGACUUCAACGAGUGCUCUCCAAAACUUAGCAAUCCCUGUGGAAAUGGAAAUUGCACCAAUGAAGAUGGAUCUUAUACAUGCACCUGUUCCAGUGGAUUCAUUUUGAGCCCUGAUAACAGUACAUGCAUUGAUAUCGAUGAGUGUACAGCCAACACACACGAUUGUGAUGAAAAUGCAGAUUGUGUCAACACUAAUGGGUCUUUCACGUGCUCCUGCAUUGCGGGAUUCACUGGAAACGAAUGUAUAGAUAUCAAUGAGUGUACGGCCAACACACAUGAUUGUGAUGAAAAUGCAGACUGUGUCAACACUAAUGGGUCUUUCACGUGCUCCUGCAAUGCAGGCUUCACCGGAAACGGAACCAAAUGCACAGAUAUCAACGAGUGUACAUCCAACACACAUGAUUGUGAUGAAAAUGCAGAAUGUAUCAACACCAAUGGGUCUUUCACGUGCUCCAGCAACGCGGAAUUCACCGGAAACGGGACCGAAUGCACCCCGACUACAGAGAGUAGACCGUCCCAGCAAAGAAAAUCCUCCCGUCGUCUUGUUGCAGUGGUUACAUCUGUUGUAGUCGUAUUUGUCGUCCUCCUCAUCGUCGGCAUCAUUAUUGCUGUUAUCUGUUGUAGACGACGGAAUUUGACCAAGAAAGGCCAGCAGGCACGUGUAGAAAAGAAGAGGGGUCAACAGAACAACGAGUCGAAGUUCGACCAAAGGAAGUCCACUAGUAGUCAGGUGGGUCUGUACAAUCCAACAUUCACCAAUGGAUCCGGCCUGGAGGCUAAUCAGGAAGCAGAGUACACCGAGCUCGAAUCUAUCUAGCAUCAUUGUCGUCAACUGGGGUCCAUUCGUAAAGCUAAUUAGAAUAACAGUCAAAAGCCAAUAAAAAUACUUCAAUCUGAUUGGCUGUAGAUUUUUUUUAAUAGAAAUUCUGCACUUGUUAUGUAAACAAGUUUUAACGAAACGGGCCCCUUGUCUGACAUCAUCACCACCAGUCAAGUUGUCCGAUCUGAAAGUUUUAAUCGAUUGUGAU